UCGGGACUCGAGCGCAGUUCCUACUCCAGGUAGACUCGAAAUUGACGUCAGAGACUUUCGUAAUUUGACGUGUAAACAUUUUUUUCCUAUCCACGGUUUACUCUGUUGCUUUCUACGUUUGUUCAGUAAGGCACAACAGCGUCUAUGGUGUCGCUCCUUCCCAGGUGUUGGCAAAAUAUUAUAGAUGUAGAUAUAUUUUACAUUAAUAAUAAUAUAGGUCUAAAUCGACAAAGGAAAAUAUAUAGUUGUAUUUUGUGGCCUUCAUCUGGUUGCCUUUGUAGAUACAUAAAUCAGUAUAUCUAAUAUACAUAUAUUUAUAUAUUUUGCAAUGGGUGUGCGAUGUGGACCGUUGGGGAUGUGCUUCGUUUUCGGUCUUCUCUGUGCCGACGCUGCUUCGGUGAACAGGCAGUAUAUCAACGAAUGGGCGGUGGAAAUCCCGGGAGGACCCGAUGCUGCCCGGGCAAUCGCCGAAGAGCUGGGCUACCAACUGGUCAGACAGAUCGGGGCUCUGGAAAAUCACUACUUGUUCAGACACCAGAGUCAUUCCAGGAGGUCAAGAAGAAGUGCUGAACAUAUAACGAAAAGGCUGUCAGAGGAUAAGAGGGUGUCAUGGGCGGAACAGCAGUAUGAGAAGCAGCGCCGAAAGCGGGACCUGCUCAGUACAGAAUGUACUGACUGUCCAGUGGAAAACCUCUUCGAUGAUCCCAUGUGGGGUCAGCAGUGGUACUUGCAAGACACCAGGACAUCAGCAUCACUCCCAAAGCUGGAUCUCCACGUGAUACCCGUAUGGCGGAAAGCGAUCACCGGAAAGGGGGUGGUCAUCACUGUCUUGGAUGAUGGCCUGGAAUGGAACCAUACAGAUAUCUACCCCAACUAUGACCCGGAAGCCAGUUACGAUUUUAAUGACAAUGACCCUGACCCUUUCCCCAGAUACGACUCCACUAAUGAGAACAAGCAUGGAACAAGGUGUGCUGGUGAAAUUGCGAUGCAGGCCGACAACAAGAAGUGUGGAGUUGGGGUGGCUUACAACUCCAAGGUCGGAGGGAUCCGCAUGUUGGAUGGCAUAGUGACGGAUGCCAUUGAGGCCAGCUCCAUUGGCUUCCGACCUGAUCAUGUGGACAUCUACAGUGCCAGCUGGGGCCCCAACGAUGACGGCAAAACAGUGGAGGGGCCGGGGCGCCUUGCACAGAAGGCCUUCGAGUACGGCAUCCAGAAUGGCCGCGGUGGGAAGGGCUCCAUCUUUGUGUGGGCGUCAGGAAACGGGGGCAGACAGGGGGAUAACUGCGACUGCGAUGGCUACACAGACAGCAUCUACACCAUCUCCAUCAGCAGUGCCUCGCAGCAGGGCCUGUCUCCCUGGUACGCUGAGAAGUGUUCUUCCACCCUGGCCACAGCCUACAGCAGCGGAGAUUACACCGACCAGAGAAUCACCAGCGCUGACCUGCACAACGAGUGCACUGAAACGCACACCGGGACCUCUGCUUCUGCUCCACUGGCUGCUGGGAUUUUCGCCCUGGCGCUGGAGCAGAACCCCAAUCUCACCUGGAGGGACCUGCAACACCUGGUUGUUUGGACAUCAGAGUUUGACCCUUUGGCUAACAACCCGGGCUGGAAGAAGAAUGGUGCUGGACUGAUGGUGAACAGCCGGUUUGGCUUCGGGCUCCUGAACGCCAAGGCACUUGUGGACUUGGCAGAUCCUAAAUCAUGGAAGCAUGUCCCGCAGAAGAAGCAGUGCAUUGUGAAGGAUGACGACUUUCAGCCAAGGCCAUUGAAAGCUGCUGGUGAGAUCACCAUCGAAAUUCCCACAAAAGCCUGUGCUGGACAAGAGAACGUCAUCAAGUCCCUGGAGCACAUUCAGAUGGAGGCCAGCAUCGAGUACACCAGGAGAGGAGACUUGCACAUCACCCUCACCUCCCCAUCAGGCACCAGCACAGUCCUGCUAGCUGAGCGGGAGAGGGACACCUCUUCCAAUGGCUUCAAGAACUGGGAUUUUAUGUCUGUCCAUACCUGGGGUGAAGACCCAGCCGGCACCUGGACCUUAAAGAUCACGGAUAUGUCUGGUCGUAUGGAGAACAAGGGCCAGAUCAUUAACUGGAAGCUAAUUCUGCAUGGCACAUCCGAGCGACCAGCACACAUGAAAGCACCAAGGGUGUACGUUCCUUACAACGCCGUGCAGAAUGAUCGCCGCGGUGUGGAGAGGAUGGAGGACAUGUUGAAGGAGAUGCCCACUGAGGCCCAUCAGCCUCCGAAGGCUCUGGCCACUCUCAAACCCACGGCCGAGGAAGCUAAGGAGAAGAAGGCGCCCUCUACUGCCCUCAUGCGACUCCUGCAGACCGCUUUCAAUAGGGAAAGCAGUCACCAGGCCAGCCAACCCCGCGCCAACCCUUGGCCCUAUGCUGCCCCCAGGGACCCGGAGGGGGAUAACAUCCACCCACACAUCCCUUACCAGAACCUGUACCAGGCCCUGGACAAGCUGAAUAAGCACAGGGGCUCUGAGGACAGCCUAUACAGUGACUAUAGUGACGCAUUUUACAACAGCAAACCAUAUAGACACAGAGAUGACCGGCUGCUACAGGCGCUGCUUGACAUGGUGGCUGAAGGUGGCCAAUAGGGCGGGUGGCACUGGGUGCUGCUGGGCUGGAUGUGGUGAGGCUGCCAGAGCCUCCAGCAGCCCCGGGCACAGCAAUGUCCAGAGCAGGAAGGUUUGCUGGCUCUUCCAGUCAGGUUUAUUUGUUUUUCCCCUGUAGGCUUACUGUCUGUAAUUUGUCAUGACCUCACUGUGUUGAUAUUGUCUACCUGAGGGAGGUCCAUGUACCCUGCUGGUUUGCAUUAGACCCAGGUUUCCUAAAUUAGCCCUCAACGCAGUUCAUCAGUAGCUGAUGGACCAGAUUCGGCCAGAUUGGCACCUCUUAGGCACACUGACGUGAGCCCAGUUUCUCCCACUGCAGUUUCCAUUAUUGAAUAUCUGUGAGUGUUUGAAAAAUUGAGCCUUUUUCCCGACAAAACGUUCUGGUGGACCUGCUCAUGUGACUUGUACUGUUCUGCUGUUCUGUAAUAACAGUGCUGGUUAUGGCUAUGAACCCCCCCCCCCACCCCAAAAGCUUCAUGGCCCCUUCCUCCUGGCUGUGUCCCCCUCCCCACCAGCUGUGCUGCUGCCUGUCCAUUAUUCAUCAAUGAUUUGUCCAUUUGUUAUGCUGUGUUGAUUGUCUGCCUUAUGUUUAAUAAUUUUCCUGUAUAGUAAAUUUACAAACAUAUGCUCAAUAUAGCAGAUUUUUUUUCUUAAUCAAUUAAAAAUAAUUCAGUAAUAGCUAAUUUUCAUUUUUGAGUAACCCUUGCCUAUAUUGAGAAAUGUAUAGAUAUCAAAUUAACUUUACAACCAACCCUCUUUGCCUAUACAAUAUUCACUAAAUGGGCACAUAUAAAUCAUUUAAGUAUAUAAUAAAGAUUGUAUAAUAAAUAUAUAUAAUCAAUGCCACAAUAUAUUUCACUAUAUAAAUAUAUGGUUCUCAUUAUAUUGCUAGUUAUAAUUAUAAUUUCAUAAAAUACGUAAUGCAGAAAGCAGCAGAUAUCUGAAUAGUUUUAUAUAUUUAAAUUAAAAAAAAAACACUGUACAUUAUACAAUUUUUAUUUUUCUAAUAACUCCAGAAGAGUAUAUUUGCAGAUUAAAAUGAUUAUAAUCUAAAUACUUUAUCAGGAUAAAAGAUAUUUUUUAUCAUUGACUUAUAGCUAUAAUUAUAGCUGUUUGUAAACACAUAAUGAUAAACUUACACAGGUAUUUGUAGCACGACUGCUAAACUAAAUUGUGGUGUAUGAACUCACACAGAUAAACGUGCUGAGGGGCACCUUUAAGGUAUAGUCAUAUAAAAUAUGAUCCAAAUCAAAUGCAUUUACAAUUCAAACAUUUAAUUGGCAGAUGAGCUCAGUGGGUGUUCACCUUACUAUUCCAUGCAUUUCUUCGUAAUUCGAUUAACAUAAAUCCGAUGCAAUUCAUGUUCAUAUUAACAUAUGCUUCACUUAAUAACCUUUACAUUUGAUUUUAUUUUCAUUUUAAUUCAAUUCGACUGCUGGUCUUUGCUUAGGCCAUUGAGACAGGCAUUGUGUUUUAUGUUGCAUUUGUUGUUCAUAGAUUAACAAAUUUACAUUCAUUAUAAUAAAUUAUUAAGUUGCCUUGCAAGUGUAUGUUAGGCCCUGUGUUUCUUUGUGGCAUAAUUUUCAAUACCCUCCUCUUGUUCAUUAACUGUUACUCAGUGUCUCCAAGGUUGCGAGUGUGAAUGCUGCCCCUGGCCCGGUGCCUGUGGAAUCUUCUGGAAUGUUAUCCCGUGCUUUCCUCCACGCAGUGUCAUUCAAUUGCACAUCACGUGUGCUUGUGCGUGUGCAUGUGCCCAGUGUUGGACUGGCAUCCCAUCCAGGGUGGGUCUCCUGUUCUUUUUGGAGUAGGUCCCAAACUCACCGCGGCCCCGUGCUGGGUAAGCACUUAUGGAAGAUGGAUUUGAUCAAUGAAUGAAAUCCUAUUAGGCCCCGUAAUUAUUAAUUCAUUAUUUCCAAAAACUUUAAAUUGAUCAUUUGCAUAUCCCUAAGACACUGGAUUAAAAUGGUUGUUUUGUAUAUUUGUAUCUGUGUUCCCCUUCAGUUUUACCCCAUGUCUUGUGCAUGUCAGAUUCAUCUACACUUCUACUUUUUUAGUUUAUUUAAUUUCAUUUAGUGUUUUCAACACUCUAUUACCUUUAACAUUAAAUAUGCUGGGCAUACUUGGUUA